UCUCAUCGGAAUCUCAGAGCAGCAUUGGACGCUGAGCUCUCGCAGGUAAAGGGGGUCCCUCUCUACGGAUUGGAAUUCUCCGUCUUUCGGGUUCUUGGGGUUUCAUUCUGUCAUUUCUAUGGAAUGAGAAGUGCUCUCUUUGAAUUUGUGUAUCGCGAGGAUACAUACAGAAUGUAUGUUCCGCUAGGGGAAAAGGCAUUCAGCUUACCUUAGCAUCAAGUCGGUUCUUUUGCGCUUCUCGGUGCUGAGAGUCCAGCUGGGUGCGUGGCUUCUUGCUUCAAAAUCUUCACUUUGCGUUGUUCGUAUCUGACUUUUGUCGAACAUCUUGCAUUCGUGUCGCUUCCUGGCCCCGUUGGAAGGUUCUUCUUUUCGUUUAAUUGAGCUGAGUUUCCUCUGGUCUUUAUCGUGAUUGUCAAGGUGUGGUUUUGAGUAAUAAGUAAUGACCCAAGAAAGGAUUGUAGGUGGAUGUUUCGAAGUACUUAACUCGGGAAGCAAUGGAACAGUUGUAUAGUUGCAGAGAAAAAUAGAAUUUGAGUGUGGAUGAAGAGGAGUCACAUACUCGGUGAAUUGUUAAAGCCUCUCGAUUUGCUUGCCUCAGGUUCUGUGUGAAUAUGCUCAGAGAGGCUUUUAGACCUGUUGAAACCCACUUUAUUAGAGCAAGCACCAAGGAUAGAGAUCUGAAAGGUUCCAACAGCAAUAUUGCAUUUUCUAUGACCAAGAAUGAGUCCCAAGAUAAUCUCAAUGAUGGAGAUUCAGUACUGCAUCCUCCACAUGUCAGAUUCCAAAAAUUUGGUGUGGGAGUAUCCAGAAGUCCUUUCAGUGUGAGAUUGGUACUUCACAGGAAAUCAAGUUUCAGGAAUAGGACUAAGAAGAGACCUGAUGCAGUACUUGGAGGUGGUUCAUCCCAUGAAUUGCUUGAGGGGGGAAGGCAGUCAAAUCUUACGCAAAUGGAUCUCCUAUUAAAUCUUAGUCUUUCAGGUGAACAUUGUCUGUUAAGAAAUGAUCAUGAGUUAUAUCAAGAACAUCUCAAGCCAGGAUAUAGGCUCUACGAUCAGCAGAACUUUGAUCUACCCAUAUGUUACUCUAGCAAGGUAGAAGAAAUGAUGGCAUUGCCAGAAAGUAUGAGACAAGCUUGUGACUUAUUUUAUUCUCCCCCCAGAAGGACAAUGAUAGGUCGCAGGAAAAAACUUCUCAUUCUUGACAUAAAUGGGCUUCUUGCUGAUAUAGUUUCUCCACCUCCAAAGGAGUGCAAGGCAGAUAUCAAAAUUGCUAGGCGGGCAGUUUUCAAGAGACCAUUCUGCACAGACUUCAUGAAAUUUUGUUUUGAGAGAUUUGAUGUGGGCAUUUGGUCAUCAAGGACCAGGAAGAACGUUGAGAAAGUGGUCGAUUAUCUCAUGGGGGAUAUGAAGCGUAACCUACUCUUUUGUUGGGAUCUCUCUCAUUGCACCCCCACGAGGUUCAAUACACUUGAGAACAGGCACAAGGCUCUGGUUUUUAAAGAAGUGAGAAGAAUUUGGGAGAAGUAUGAUCCUAAUCUUCCAUGGGAAAGGGGCUACUACAAUGAAUCUAACACAUUAUUAUUGGAUGAUUCUCCUUACAAAGCUUUGCUUAACCCUCCGCACACUGCCAUCUUCCCCCGGUCAUUCAGUUUUCAGAAUAAGAGCGACACUUCGUUAGGUCAUGGAGGCGAUCUUCAAGUUUACCUGGAAGAGUUAGCAGCUGCAACUGAUGUACAGAAGUACGUAGCGCAACACCCAUUUGGUCAAAGAGCAAUCACAGAGGGAAGCUCAUCCUGGGGCUUCUACCUGAGGGUCCUCAAAUCAGUAACUCGCCGAUAUAACACUUGCCUGUACCAUCAGCCUUGCCUGAGAUGUUGAAACUUGAUCGGGUCAUCGUCAGGCUCAACUAACUGAAUCGUGAUAGGCAUCUUUAUGUUUUCUUUUUCUGCCUGAUUGCAUCAAUUCUCUUCAACUCAGAGAAUUAAGUCACGGUAAGACGCCGAUUGGAGGUCAAAUCAUUGAAGAAACAGAUGUGUUUUCGGGAGUGGCUUCGGGUUAUUUCAAGGAGAGAGCAGGUCUUCAUUGACCAGGGCGCAACACAUUGAAGGGUCAGUAGAAACUAUACUUGUCAUAUACUUCCGAAACAAUGAAUCUGAACGGUCCCAUUUUGUAUAGGACAUGGAAUGGUGAUCAUACAAAAACAUUUUUUUAAUCCAUACUUUGAUAAGUCAGCGUUAA